UAUAGCUACAAUUGUCAUUGUUACAGUUUUGCCAGUGUUAUCAACAUGUUCAAGAUCAACCUUCUAUUUGCAUUUAGUCUGUGUUGUACCAUCAUAGUCGGUUAUACUAUGCGUGUGCAAUGUGAUUUAGCUGACGAUACGUCUAGUGCUUUUCAAGGUGGUUUUGCUUUCGAAAUGAUCAUGACGAAGCUGCAAUUUCUAGAAGAUCGUAGCAUUGCAAAUGAUCAACGCAAGGUGCAAAGAUCAUGCAGUGAGGUUCCUUCUUCUGGAAUAUACAACAUACAACCGGAAAAACCUUUCAAGGAACCGAUGAGCGUGCUGUGCGAUCAAGAAUAUGAUUCGGGUGGAUGGAUUGUGAUUCAACAUCGCUUCGACGGAUCGAUGAACUUCUUCCGGAACUGGAAAGAGUACAAGCAUGGGUUUGGAAAUUUGGAUGGAGAGUUCUGGUUGGGUUUGGACCGUAUUUAUCAGUUAACCGUAUCACGACCACAUGAGUUGGUAGUGCUGCUGGAAGAUUUCGAUGGCAACAAGACGUACGCGAAAUACGAUCAGUUCGAGAUUGGAGACGAAAGUGAAAAGUAUAUAUUGAAGAUGCUAGGUGAAUAUUCCGGAAAUGCGGGCGAUUCGUUAGUAUUUCAUAAAAACAUGACAUUUUCAACAUUCGAUGAGGACAAUGAUACACACGACAUAAAUUGUGCAAUCACAUAUACUGGAGCCUGGUGGUACCAUAAAUGUCAUCACAACAAUCUCAAUGGAAAAUAUCUUCGCGGAGCAACGGAAGAAUAUGCAACUGGGAUGGUAUGGCUCACGUUUCGAAGAAAUUAUUAUUCAUUAAAAACUUCAAAAAUGAUGAUAAGACCAAAGAAGCCAUUAGUUCACUAACGAAUAUAUUUCAAUAUCAGUAGCAAUAUCUUUCCAGGCAUAUAACGCCGUUAUUGUACGAUCGAAAUGUGAUACAAGGCAAUAAACCAUACAAAAUAAGUGUUUUAAUUUUGUUAA